GGCCAACAGAGCUUGAAUCAAUAUUGUCAGAGUCCCGAGCUAUGGUAUUCCCGACCCCAAAAUUACCAACACUUUGUCACUUAUCGCUUAUCGUUAACUGCCCCCCCUCCUCGUUCACCCCAGGGCCCCACUUGCACGACAUAUGCCUUGUCCAGUGCACAAUAUGGCGUCAACGUUAUCAUCUUGGAUAUCGGAAUGAACGCGCAUCUGUGGGAAAGAGCCCGAUAUCCCAAAUAGUAUGUAAAGGAAACAAGGGAUGGAGAUGAAGACAUCGAAUCAUCGUCCAUCGCCGGCGGCCAAAUCAAAGUCAACUAGUUUUCCAUUAGUAAGAUGUCGGCAUCCUACAACGGGAUUGAGGCACCUAUCCCACGGGAUCAGGCAACCGAUUUUCCAAUCCAAACAUUCUACGCAAGUACUGAGUCUCCAGAGCUCGAUCAAAAGCAGGAGGACAAUGUGGAUCUAGAGAAGAAUGAGUCUACAGAUAAUGUUGAAGUCAAGGUCGAGUCCAUUAAAGACCCCGGAGUGGAGCUUACACCCAAUGAGGCUUUUCGUUGGAAUGUGGAUGGUGAUCAGUCGCCUUUCCCCGAAGUAGCAGCUUGCGUGCCCAACACAGACGAUCCCAGUAUCCCUUGCAACACUGUGAGAGCAUGGAUCCUUCUUACAGUCUUUGUCGUCCUUUUCGCUGGUGUCAACCAGUUCUUCGGCUUGCGUUAUCCCUCUCUUACCAUUGGUUAUGUGGUCUGCCAGUUGUUAGUAUUUCCUAUAGGUCGAGCUUGGGAAAAACUUCCUAAAUGGGUCGUUCCCCUUGGGCCUUUCUCAUUCUACCUCAACCCUGGAAAGUUUACUAUCAAAGAGCAUGCCCUUAUCGUUAUUUGUGUCAACUUGACAGCGAGUACCGCCUAUGCUAUGGGUUCUCUUGUCGCUAUCAUCUCUCCCGUUUAUUGGAACAGUGAUUUUGGAGCUGGUUUCUCCUUUGUAUAUUUGCUCACCACGCAAGCUCUUGGUUUCGGCCUCGCUGGUCUCGCUCGAAGGUGGCUGGUAUACCCCGCCGCCCUCAUUUGGCCUUCAUCCCUCGCAUCCACCGUACUUUUCCGAGCUCUUCAUGAGCCUCAGAGUCGAAGCCCGGCCAACGGGUGGACUAUCACCAGAUACCGCUUCUUCGUUUAUCUGACUAUCGGCGCUUUCAUUUGGUUCUGGUUCCCUGAUUACAUCUGGACUUCUUUAAGUACUUUUGCGUUCAUCACUUGGAUUGUGCCCCACAACCAGAAGGUCAACACUAUUUUUGGAAUGAACUCUGGUUUAGGUCUUCUGCCAAUCAGUUUCGACUGGACUCAAAUCAACUAUGCUGGUUAUCCCCUUACCACACCUUUCUAUAUUACUUGCAAUGCUUUUGCUGUUGUCGUAUUCUUCUAUCUGUUCUUGUCACCCAUCCUUUACUACAAGAACGUCUGGCACAGUGCUUAUCUCCCUCUUCUCUCCUCAUCAACUUUUGACAACACCGGAUCAUCCUACAACAUUUCUCGAGUCGUUGACGAGAAGCUCGAUUUUGUCCUUGCCAAAUACCAAGAGUACUCCCCCAUGUACAUCUCCAUGUCUUACUCCCUCACUUACGGCCUCUCCUUUGCCGCUGUGACCAGUAUCGUCUUCUACACCUACCUUUACAGCGGUAAAGAGAUCUGGGCUAAGUUCAAGGAUGCCAAGCACGGUGGAGAGGAUAUCCACAAGCGAUUGAUGAGUUCUUACAAGGAAGUUCCUGAUUGGUGGUACGGCGUCCUCACCCUCGUUGUCCUUGGCCUUGGUAUUUUCACUUGUAGAUACUGGGAUACUCAGCUGUCUGUUUGGGGUUUCAUUGUGGUUUGCUUUGGUAUGGGGUUAGUCUUGAUUGUGCCCGAAGGUAUCCUCGAGGGCACUACCAAUCAGCGAAUCUUCCUGAAUAUCAUUACCGAGUUGAUUGCGGGUUAUGCUUGGCCUGGGAAACCUAUUGCCAACAUGCUCGUCAAGUGUUACGGCUAUAACAGUGUCAAACAUGGUAUGGAUUUCGCUCAAGAUCUCAAGCUCGGUCAGUACAUGAAAAUCCCUCCCCGAACUCUUUUCUGGGCGCAGAUCUACUCUACCCUUUUGGCUACAAUGACUCAGACCGGAGUGCUUAGAUGGAUGAUCGGCAACAUCAAAGACCUCUGUCAACCUACAAAUUCCGACCGAUUCACUUGUGCGGGCGCGAAGGUGGUGUACAACGCGUCUCUUAUCUGGGGUACCAUUGGUCCUCAAAGGAUGUUCCAGGCGGGCCAGGUUUACAAUGGUUUGAUGUACUUCUUCCUCAUUGGCCCUGUGGUUACUGUGCUCGUCUACCUUGUUUACCGACGAUACCCUAGCAGCUGGGUCAAGUAUAUUAACGUGCCCGUCUUCUUCAAUGCUGCAGGCAAUAUCCCUCCCGCCAACACUACCCAAUAUUCUCUUUGGUUCAUCUUUGGUUUCAUUUUCAACUACCUCAUCCGAAGGCGGGCCUUUGCUUGGUGGAAGCGAUACAAUUACCUAACCCAAGCUGCCAUGGAUACUGGUACGGCACUCGCCACCAUCAUCAUCUUCUUCGCUCUUAGCUACAAUGGUGUCAAGUUGAAUUGGUGGGGUAACACUGUUGGAUCCGACACGGAUGAUGCCAAAGGGACACCAUGGUUGACUGUUCCAAGUGGAAGUUACUUUGGUAGGGGUCCAGGAGAGUUCUAAGCGAUUUGUUUCCUUCUUAUCAAAUCCGUGAAAGGUAUAGAAGAUUCCUGUUUGACGCCAAUAGAUUACUUGUUCUUUAAACGAUUUUAAUGAAUAAGCGUAACAUAAGGUAACAAGUAUCAACUUUCUAACUCACUCCCCUUACUAAGCAAGCGGUAUGCCAGCAUUCCCCUUACCGUCCUGAUACACUUUUGAAAGCCCAUUGUACUUGUAUUUGACCUCUUGCGCUCUUGUCUUCAUAGCCUCCUUCUCAUCACCCUCCAAAUCCUCGAUCAACUCCGCCACUGAACGUGCUGUCCAAAACUCGUUUGACUUGUUGUAAAGCGGUCGAUUUGCAAAUUCAGAUGGUAACUCUGAAGAAGCCGGAACCUUGAAAACUUGUUCAAGAAUACGAAUAUCAUGGGGAAUGUUGAAUGCGUCUCGGGUGUCUUCGUAUGUGAAGAGGAAGUAGUGGUUGUCGAACCCCGACCAGGUUAUACCAGAGAGACCUUUGGUUCAUGGGUAGCGAAGAAGACACACUCGCUAGGCAACGGUCUCUGAUCCGCAGGAAGAGCGUAAAAAUGCUGAAUACAAUUGAUCUCUCCGUGCUGUUCGAAUUGUAUCAGCACUGGCACUGCAUUAUGAAUUCUUAAAUUCAAUCUUACUUACAAGAAGAGGGGAGGAGGUCUCAUUGUUGGUCGCCACCACGACCACGCUCAAAUCACUCUUUCGCAAGAUAGCCGCACCAAAGACUUUACACCCCGCCGCAACACCUGCUGCGGUGAGUGGGAUAAUCUUAUCGUCGGUAGUGGAGAGAAAGGCGUCAAGAAGCUCCGCAGAGGUGUAGGACAUAUUGAUUGCUGAGAGGAUGAGAUAGACAUCUUGUCUAUUGAGAAAAAAAGUACAAACAAUGCAUGCGUUUGUGAACAGAGAUCCGGUACGAGCGGACC